AUGGGUUGUUCUACAGUUGGCGCAGCAGCUGGCAUACAGCAACCCUUCAAGAAUCUAUGUAUGAAAAUUUCUGCGGAUAAAUUCUACUGGCGGACAAAAAACAAAACAAUCUUACCUGGACAACUGGCAUUGGCACGACGACAGUUUGUACUGGAGGAACUGGUUGAACCGGCUGCGGUAGAAUCGGGGUCAUUCGGGCAACUGGUUGAUCAGCUACGAUUAUCUGUGCUUGUGGCGGUAUCAAAGGUUGGGGUUGGACCAUUGGCGAUGGCUGGACUGCUGGCUGAGGCUGCAUCACCAGCUGAGGCUGUAUCACAGGCUGAGGUUGUACCACUGGCUGGGGCUGUAUUACUGGCUGAAGAAGCACCGGCUGAGGUUGCACCAUUGGCUGUGGUUCUACGACAACAGGAGGUGCUGGUUGAGAAAUUGCCUGCGGUUGGAUAA